AUGCACAGGACAGGCCAUAGUCAGGAAUCAGUGGUGGAAAAUUACACAGCAAUAACUACAUUGAUCCUGGUGGGACUAACAGAUGACCCAAAACUACAGAUUCUGCUUUUUAUUUUUUUGUUUCUAACCUACUUAUUUAGUGUUGUUGUGAAUAUAACCAUCAUGACUCACCUUAAAACACCCAUGUAUUUUUUCCUUCGAAAUUUCUCCAUCUUGGAAGUUUCCUUUACAACUGUGUGCAUUCCCAGAUUCCUCUACAUAGUGGCAUCUGGGGACAACACUGUUACCUACAAUGCAUGUUCCACUCAAUUAUUCUUUAUUGUUGUCCUAGGUGUGGCUGAGUUUUUUCCCCUGCUGGCCAUGUCCUAUGACCAUUACAUGGCCACCUGCAAACCCCUGCAUUACAUGACCAUCAUGAACAACAGAGUCUGUAUCAAGCUCCUUAUUGCCUGUUACAUGAUUGCUCUAAUCAUCAUCAUUCGACCAUUCGGCAUGGGCUUUGAGCUUGAGUUUUGUGACUCCAAUGUCAUAGAUCACUUUGAAUGUGAUGCUGCUCCCAUUCUAAAGAUUACCUACUCAGACACAAAGUUUAUAGAGCAGUUUGUCUUGGUCCUUGCUGUGUUGACACUCAUUUUCACCUUGGUGUGUAUAAGUAUGUCCUACACAUAUAUCAUCAGGACCAUUCUCAGAUUCCCUUCUGCCCAGCAAAGAAAAAAGGCUUUUUCCACAUGUCCUUCCCAUAUCAUUGUGGUUUCAAUCACUUAUGGAAGUUGCAUCUUUAUCUAUAUUAAACCAUCUUCAAAAGAAGGAGUAGCUGUUAAUAAGGUGGUGUCAGUGCUGACCACUUCAGUUGCUCCAGUAACGAAUCCCUUUAUUUAUACUCUAAGGAACAAGCAAGUGGUACAAGCUUUCAAAAACAUACUCAAAAGGGCUCCAUCUGUCUCAAACAACUAA